CGAACUAUACCUUAGUCUUUUGCAUUCCUUCUAUUUACUGUAUCUCUGCAUGCAGAGGAUACGUCAGCGUGUCUUUGGAUAUUCACAGUACGAAGUAUUCAUUCUCAUAAUCUCUGAGGAUUGCGCCAUCUGGAUGUAUGCGUCGUACCACCAACAGUGACUACACCAUCGUAGCGCUAUGCUCCUCACAACUUCUCGAGAACCAUAAUCCGAAGUCUGACUUAUUCAUAAACCGGGAUUGAUGAACCAUGUCCUCCAACGUAGACGAGCUAACAGUGGUGAACUCCGCGGUGCUUAUAACCACCUUGCAAACUAUAGAGAUCCCGCCUUACCACCUAUCCUCACCGAUCGCUUUAGCGGCGACAAAAAGUGCUCAACAGUUACGCAUCGUACUUGUUUCCUCUUUGUUCAACCCACCGCCGCCCACACGCUAUACCGGAACGUCUUCUUCCACUGAUCAUGGAAUAUCUCGGACUGGCCAGUGGGACGAAGUACAACGGCUACUUACAUAUGUCUACGUCCAAACGACGAAGGUAGCCCAGGAGAUGGGCAAGAUCCUCAUGGACGUUGAUGUCCUCUUGCAAGGGACAGAUUCGCCUGUGCCUCAGUUUCUGCAGGAGGACGUUCCAAGGGUAUACAGGGUUUCGCUCCUCGGGGGCCAGAGAGACGACCUUCCAUCGUCAUACGCUCGCAGUCUCUCUCAUACGGUCUGGCUGAAACCCGACCCUAUAUAUCCACAUCCACCACCUCACCCAAUAUCUAUAGCCCUUCAUCCAAGUGAUCCCUCACUACCACCCAUAUUCCCUGUAACAGCGCUCGGUGGGACAUUUGACCAUCUCCAUGCCGGCCACAAGAUUCUACUCAGCAUGGCAGCGUGGAUUACUAGCGAGAAACUAAUCAUUGGGGUUACAGAUGACAUUCUCCUUCAGAACAAGGCAAACAAGCACGUUCUCGAGCCCCUCUCUGUCCGGUGUGAACGUACUCGUAACUUCCUGGCAUUGUUCAAUCCUUCCAUUACACCUGACAUUGUACCUAUCACCGAUGUCUAUGGACCUACGGCAUGGGAUCCGAAUAUCCAAGCGUUGGUUGUCAGUCGGGAGACUUUGUCUGGGGGCAAGAUGAUCGAGAAAUUAAGACGAGAAAAGAACCUGCCUUCGCUCAAGACCUUCGUCAUCGAUGUCAUAUCUUCAGAGGCAUGUAUAGAGACGGAAGAUCCAGAUAUACUGAAGAAGGCGAAAAUGAGUAGUACGUUCAUUCGCCAAUGGAUUGUUGAACAACAACAGCAUCAAGAUGCAAACGUCCAGCCACAGUCGUAAUGGGGUACGGGAGUGCCAGAAGAGAGAAGUUCCGUAGCCCAGAGGGUGUGUAUGGUAGAUUCACAUCGUUGCCAGAGAUAGAGAUAAUUGUGAUUCCAUUGAUUGUGGUCGAUUAGUUUCUUCUACUAGAGACCUAAUUUCUUGCUGGCUUCUCUUGC